AUGAAUCGUCUUAUAGAGGAUAUUUUCUUGGAUGUUAACAAUGCUAUUAAUAUGAGAACAGGUGAAAUUGAGAAUAUGGAUAUAAAGGAUCAAAAUGACCAACGUGCAAUCAGUUGGUCACACGACGCUUCUCCAGCAAAUUUUUCGGCAAGAGGUCAACUUGAUACCACAAGGAGGGUCAAGUUCAAUACUUUGGCCUCCAUUUAUUAA